AUGUUGCUUGAAGCCUCUUGCGGGAACUUGGAGCGCUGCUUUCGACUCUUGGAUGCUGCGCUGGAGUGCAACCUGCUCUUAGACGGUGCGAGCUUUGGCAUUCUGGCUGGUGCCUGCAGGAGGCAGCAGGUACACCAAGCGCCACUUUUGGAGCGCUUUGUCCGGUGCUACCGAAGAAGUCCAGCAAUGGCCGGACUUGCACAAGCUCCUGCUCCUCAUUUCGAGGACUUGCCACCAGUUCAAGCUGGGCACUCCUAUGCCAAGGAGUUGAUGCUACUGCAGCAUGUGCGAACAUCAGCCAGCAGAAAUGCUUCUGCCGUGUGCAGAGCAAUGGAGCAAUUUGGUCGGGAGAAGCUUCCCUCCUCCAGCAAGUGGCUGAAGAUUGCGGGUGGGCCAAAGGCUGAGCUCCUAUCCUCUGCAGUGGCAAGCAGCCCGAAAGGACUCGCUCUCGAAUUGGGAACCUACUGCGGCUUCUCAGCCUUGCAUCUUUCUUGUCAUCGCAAGGUAGUAACGGUCGAGGCGGAUUUGGGACAUGCGCUGAUCGCCGAGAAAGUCAUUGCAUUUGCGGGAAUGUCACAGGAGGUUGAAGUCAUUGUUGGCCACACUGAAGACACACUGCCGUGGCUGAUGCAACACUUGGCAGCAAAAGAGCCAGGAGAACCGUUGAUCGGCUUCGUGUUUAUGGACCAGCGAGGGUCCAGGUAUCAAUCAGAUUUAGAGAUCUUAAAGUGCUCAAAGCUCUUGAUGGAUCAAGCGGUGAUCGUGGCUGACAACGUCCUGAAGCCUGGAGCACCCAAGUUUUUGUGGGCUCUAAGCAAUGAUCCAGCUUUCCGGACCGAAGUCAUCGAGUUGGAAGAGUAUGCCAUGGAAAACGUGCGGGACUGGAUGACGAUUAGCACCUACUGUCAACCAGCAGGUCCGGAUCGAGCCUUUGAAUGCACGUUGCUCCCGAAGCAGAUCCAAACCUUGGAGUGGAGAGCCGAGAUGAUGCGAAACCGAAGUCAUCGGCCACAGCAUGGUGGCAGCGGCGUGGACCAUCGGCAUUUCAGGUGA